AUAUCCUUUGUCACAUUUUGUAAACUUUUAAAAUACCUAAAAGCGUAUGACCAUUUUUGUUGUUGCUAAUUCAUAAAAGAUGGCCACCCAACAAGAAGAGUCCGAGGAACUAGAUGCAGAAGGUAGAAGAAAGAAGCAUGAAGUUUUGAAAAUGUAUUAUGGGAUUGACGAAGAGCAGCCAGGUUCCACUACAGUUGAUCCGAUUGAUAUUGACGGAGCUCACUUCAAGCCAUCUAUCUACCUGGACACACUCAUACAGAAAGCUUCCCUCACAGAACUUAUGGACAGGGAGAAUGACAUGGUUCGACAGAUUCGAUCCCUGGACAGCGACAUGCAAACCUUGGUUUAUGAAAACUACAACAAAUUCAUCAGUGCAACAGACACAAUAAGAAAAAUGAAGAAUGAUUUUAAGAAGAUGGAAGAUGAAAUGGAUCACCUUGCAACCAACAUGAGUUCUAUCACAGAAUUUAGUGGCAAUAUUAGUAACACUUUACAAGAUCGAAGACAGAAAAUUACUAAGUUAGCAGGGGUUCACUCAUUAUUAAAAAAGCUCCAGUUUCUGUUCGAGUUGCCUGCUAGAUUAAAGAAAUGUAUUGAAAUGCAAGCCUAUAGCCAAGCUGUGAGAUACUACACCAAGGCUGAACGAGUGCUACACCAGUAUCAGCAUAUGCCCAGUUUUCAAGCAAUCAACCAAGACUGUAAUGUUAUUAUUGAGGAACUAAGCAACAAGCUGCGAGAUCAUUUUAAAGACAGAGAAUCAACCCCCAAACAGCUGGCCGAGUGUGUUAAUCUACUACUGCAGCUAAACGAACCAGCAGAGCAACUCUGUCAGGAGUUUCUAUCACAUGCUCGUCAGAAACUUGAUGAAGAUCUUAAUGAAUUAGAUCAUCAGAUAAAGCUGCAGGCAGGGGAGAUAACUGUUACAGAAGACCAAAGACCUGCACAAGCAUAUAUGAACAAUCCAAUGGAUGUUUUAGAAUUUGUUGAUUCUGGCUGUAAUGUGUUUCUUAGCAACAUGUGCCUCGUGAUAGCUUCGUACAAUGACAUGUUCCUCAACCGGCAUCUUGAGCAGGACAAUGAAAACCUUGACACAAUGGCUUUGAGAAAACUUGUCACCUUUGUAAAUGAGUUGAUGGAACAGUACUUCACAUAUAUUCGAAAGCGAGUUCAGCUGGAGAAAGAAACUGGCGACAACACUAUUCUUGUUCGUGCAUUGGAUAGAUUUCAUCGUCGAUUGCAAGCAAUGAAUAAACUUCUGCCUGAUACAGAUUUUUCAAGGGCUGGAACUGAGAUUGUGUCAAAGGCUGCGAAGGACAGAGUCACCCAUUACCUUCAGGCUUUGAGACAGCACUUCUCUGAUUGCCUGACAGAUAUUCGCCAUAAUCUGGCAGCUCCCCGAUUACUUGGAAAACAGGAAGGUUCAUCAAACCUCUCCGAUCUCCUGAGCAACAUGAAGUCCUCCAUUAUGGAGCAGAUCAAAUCGGUUUUAGCAAAUUUACAGGCAUUCCUUGCUACAGACAUCACAUUUGCUAUGAAGCCAUAUUUCCGAGGACCAUUUUGUAUGCAGGAUGUGAGAGAGGGACUUGUUGUUGCGUUCAUUAAACAUAUUGCUACCACAUGCAAUGAGUUUUGUGAAGGUUUUGGUGAAAAGGGCUCCAUACCACCUGCUUUGUUAUUGAUUCUAUCCAGAUUCUGUUUAGAUCUUGAAAGUUCCAUCAUUUCAUACCUUCUAACAUUGACCGAGGAACAGUUCCUAUUGGCUGAUAAGAGUCACAUGACCCCGGAAUCAGAGCUGUCUGAAAUGGCGAAGAAUACCGCUCAGAAGUUGCUAAAUCACUAUGUGAGAGUUCAAGGUCUUAUGACUUCACAGAUGUUAAGAAAGAGUGUGGAGACGAGGGACUGGCUGAACACCAUUGAACCGCGGAACGUGCGAGCGGUAAUGAAGCGUGUUGUUGAGGACAUAUCGGCGAUUGACAGCCAGGUGGGUCAGUUCUUUGUGGAGGGGGUGCGUAAGGAGAGGAGCAGUGACUCGAGUCGUCGCACCCACCCACACAGUCUGUCGCAGCAGCAGAAGAGACCCGCGUGGAGUUACUCACCAAGUGUGGACAAUAGCUUGAUCAGCAACAUUCAGAAAUUAUUUUCUGAGAAAAUUGAGAUCUUCAGUGCAGUUGAAUUCAGCAAGGUGUCUGUGUUAACUGGCAUCAUAAAAAUCAGUCUGAAGACAUUCCUCGAGUGUGUUCGUCUGCGGACGUUUGGUCGCUAUGGUUUCCAGCAGAUACAGGUGGACACCCACUACCUGCAGCUUUACCUCUGGCGAUUUGUGUCUGAUGAAAACCUGGUUCAGGUGUUACUUGAUGAGAUUGUCUGCAGCACGAUGCACCGAUGUCUGGACGCCAUCAUGAUGGAGCCAAGUGUGAUUGAUCUGAUUUGUGAGAGAGGAUGAUCAUCCUGUUUAGGAGAGAAUCAACUUUCUGGUGAUGAUGUUUGGGAGGAUGGACACUCUGGACUUUGUCACGAUGCUAUUAUAUAUUUUUAAAAAGCAUUAUCUCUACUAGAGAAUGAACUUUCUGUUGAUAAUGAUAUUUAUCAAGGAAUGAACAUUGUAAUAAUAGUUGUGAGGUGACAGGCUUUCUGAGAAUCAUAUUUAAGACUGGAUGAAGAUUGACAGAAACUGGUGGAGGGUACAAACAUCUGCAAAAUAGUUUUGACCAUCUGCUGCAAAAGCCUUUGAAACUUGAAUGUUCUGCAUGCACAUGAUAUCACAACUACUUUAUAAGUAUUACAAACACUUAACGACAUGUUUGUGGCAUGAUUAUUACAGAAUUGUUAAUCUUGAACUAUAUGGAUAAUAAAUAUUUGUUUUAUGGGGCUUUGUAAGAAGCCCUAGAUUGUU